AUGGCGCGAGCGAGCAAAUGUUUCCGGCGUCGCAUUACGCUUCCCGUAUGUGACUCGUUUCAAGGUGCGGUGGGGCGCCUGUGGGGCGCAUUGCGAGUUUGGCUGGCUGGCUGGCCAGCUGGGCUGAGUUGCCUGCUUUGCUUCGGUUCAAGGAGCCGAAAGAAUGAGAGAAAGACAAGGGAAAGCGGGCAACGCAUGUUCCGUGCUCUUCCCGAUUUGGACAGCGUCGAGACCUGGGAUGAAGGCGGGCUUUAUUUCAAUAAUUCUAAACGUGUCAUGGCUCAACUUGUUCAGACACUUUGCCGGAGUGGUUCCAUCCCGCGCUCCUGGUAA